GCAUGGAGCAUAUAUAAAUCUCAAGGCGCUCGGUUACGAAACCAUGCAGUUACUUUACGAUCGAAAGGCCAAGCAUAAAAAACAUCUCCUUUUGUGCUGUUCAGAUUCAUCCCACGAGAAGUAAUAAACAUGGAUAGAAGAUUUGGUCUACUACAAAAAGAAAACGGUUCACGGAUCCCUUUGGAAAGCAUCAACAUUCAUGUUGAUGUUCAAGGUUUUACCGCUCACGUCGUGGCCUCGAUGAAAUACUCGAACAAGGAAGAAAAUCCUAUCGAAGCAAUUUACAUCUUUCCGCUAGAUGAACAAGCUGCUGUUUGCGGAUUUCAAGCGACAAUCGAUGGUCGAACGAUCGUUGCAGAAGUUCAAGAGAAAGAAGAGGCCCGGGACACCUACGACGAUGCCAUUAGUAGCGGGCAAAGUGCAUUUCUCCUGGAAGAGAGCGAUGAGAGUUCGGAUAUUUUUCAGAUAAGCGUUGGAAAUUUACCGCCAAAGAAGGAAGCUCUUGUGGAACUCCGCUUUGUCACAGAGCUCUCUGUGGAAGCUGAAGGUCGAGUUGUGUUUGUGCUGCCGACCGUUCUCAACCCGAGGUAUUCUCCGGCGGACAGCACUGCAAGUCUCAGCACUCAAAUUCCUCGAGCUGCUUCCGUCGAUUCACCUUACUCGUUCGAGUUUGCCAUGAAAGUGAAAGCUACCUCGGCCAUCAGUGAGAUAACUUCCCCGUCAAAUACGCUGCGCGUCGAGAUUGACGAGAAUGACAACACUCAAGCCAAAGUGGGCCUGGCAGAAUCGCACAAGUUCGAUAAAGAUGUUGUGGUUCAUGUUCUGACACGGGAGCCGUUCAAGCCAGAGGCGAUCGUUGAAAACGGGAUCAAAAUUGAGGGAAAAGAAGACGGAGAGGGCUUCAUGUGGAAUCCUGUCGUAAUGCUGAACUUCUUCCCUGAAUUUAAAAGCUCUGAGUCGUCAGAAAAAGGUGAAUUUAUCUUUGUGGUUGAUCGCAGCGGAAGCAUGGGUGGUAGUCGAAUGGACAGCGCCAAAGAGACACUACUGUUGUUUCUGAAAAGCUUGCCAGAUGGUUGCUAUUUCAAUGUCGUAGGCUUUGGAAGUAGCUAUAAGACUCUCUUCAAAAAGAGUGAACUCUACAACGAUGCAAACCUGAAGAAAGCCACUGAUUUGGCUAAAUCCAUGCAAGCAGAUCUUGGUGGUACAGAAAUUCUCUCACCUUUGCAGUGGGUGUUUUCCCAGGAGCAUGUGAAAGGCCAUCCAAGGCAACUUUUCCUGUUGACUGAUGGUGAGGUUGGGAACACUGCCCAAGUUAUUAAUACUGUGCAGAAGAAUUCCAGUAACACAAGGUACAAUUUACUUCUUUUAUUUCUCCGAAGUACAAUGUUUAGUAUAUAGCGGUAUGUUUGGUUCAUUAAAUUAAGGGGGCGUGGUGGGGGGGUUUGUCUGUGGAUAAAUAAUCUUUAAAAUGUACCCAUAACAUGUCCAGCUUUGAUUAUCCUGUGGUUAGGAAGUCACUGGCAGACCCUUCCAUUUCAUCACACUAUCUAAUAGGUAGUGCUGUUUGAUCUAGGUUUAGAACUAGUCAGUUUGGGGAAGCAUGUCUGCACUGCACAAAGAUAUUUAAACUGUUAGCACAGUAAAUUGAAAUUUUAACAAAGUAGUUGUGCUAUGCCCUUUUAAGUUACAGAAGUGAUAUUGAUUAGAGAAUGACGUACAUGGUAAUUACAAGGAAAUGAUAUUGUAAACACCUGAAUAAUGCUUACAGUUGACUCUUUCUAAGAUAGACGCCUUUUGGAACCCACACUUAGUGUCUGUCUUAGAGAGAUGUCUGUCCUGUAGACAGUUGAAUAAAGGAAGUACAUGUAAAGAAGAUGUAAGGACCAGCUCUACAUGUAGAUGUCCGUUUUACUUAGGUGUCCAUCUUAUAGAGAUCUCUGUUGAAGGAGAGUCAAGUAUACUUAUCAUCACUGAAGCAUAUGAUUAUGGGCAAGUUACAAACAUGAACAACGUCAACAGUAACAUUUGCCCUUAUACUGCAUUACCACUAACCACUACCACUAACCACUAACCACUAACUCCAAAUUGGAAAUAACACUGAUAUGCAGUUGAAGACGUGGUAGAACUCAGGACGUCCAAUAUAACUCAGCAAAGUUAGAGUCAAUACAAUACAAAAAUUAAUGUUACGAAUUAACAACUCAGAAUACAUUUUCAUGGAAAUCUUACAGUAUUGACUGAUCUAGUAAAUGUACAUGUAUAUUUCAUGACCUAGACGUACCUAAAUGUACUUUAAUAGUUAUAGCAAAACUAUGAACUAUUUACAUACCCUAUAAUUGUAUGCAUAAAAAUUAUUGACAUUCCCUGCAAGUUUAUUAGAAUAAUUUUUAAACUAUGAAUUAUGAAGUUUUGAAUUGUAUUCUGGUAAACCUUAAUCUUGUAGUGGUUGUCCAUUAUAACUUUUUAAUCUGAAUGAUGCAUGUUAGUCACUGGGUCAACAACAAUGAACAAAAUGAUGUAACUCCCUUAUCGAAAUUCUCUUUACAACUAAACUGGUCAGGCCAGCCAGUUUUGGCUAAUUUUAAGCACCCCUCAGAAUAGAUUCAGGGCUUCACUGUACUUGGUUAUCACCCCAAGAGAUUAUAAUGCAAGAUGCAUGUUGCAUGUGCAUGUCAUUAAAAAACAAUCUGCUUUCAAAAAUUUAGAGGGUUUCUACUUUGACAUAUGAUUUCAGUUAUGACCAAUAUAGCCAUCAUUUUGCACAAAAUAAUUUUAUUUUACUCAAAAAUUGUGGCCUAUACACUCAUGACUGAUUUAAGGAUUGUUUAUUCUAUUUGUUUCAGGUGCUUUACUUUUGGUAUAGGAUCUGGAGUAUCAACAGCCCUCAUCAAGGGUGUGGCCAGAGCUGGAAAGGGUACGGCAGAAUUUGUUACCAGUCAGGAGGAUCGUCUGCAGGUUAAGGUAUGAAAAUUCUGAAUUAAUGAGUACACGACCUACAAAAAAAUUGACCAUUGAUUCAUAUAUUGCAUACAACUUUUUUGCUAACAGCAUGGUUAAACCUCCACUAACAGUUACCUCUCUAAAUCGGCCAGCUCUGCUAAUUAGCCACUGUCUUGUCCGUUGAUCAUUGCAUUUGCUACAUUGACAGAUUAUUUCAUUGCCCUGGAUACAUGUGGAGAGAUUUAACUGCAAUGCAAGAAUAAUGUUUCCUACAUUUUGUACUUAUGUAUUGUGUGCCUUUUACCAUUCAUAAAAACUGUGGGUUAAAUGAAAUAAUGUGUCCACAUCUAUUCUACUGCCUGGAAUUUUCCUGGUUAUAGUCUUGCUUGCUUUAGCAGCGAGACUCUUAAAUUGCAGGCAUUUCUUUUUGUGUGUCAUGUGUGUGUUUGUGUGUUCAAAAUGGGAUUGUGGUCCUCAGGCAUUCUUAGCAGAUACCAUGGAAACUGGGGAUAUAACGAAAGCCAUGCAUAGAAUAGAAAGCUGCGAAAGAUGUCAACCUUUACCGGAACAGGUUGGUCCACGAAUUCUAUCACUUGAAAAAGUUGAUUACUCUGGAACAAAUGAUUACUUCAGUGGUCGAAAAAAAAGAACAAUUUUAAUGUGCAAAACUUUGAUGGUCAGGCCAACUGGUCGGGUGUUUGAAACUUUCAUUGUUUGCAAAUUAGUUUUGUGAUGAGCAUGAGGUUUAUUUUCGGCAAUGUCGGAUGAUUGAAAUGAUGUGCCAUGUUCAUUGCAUUAAUUCCUUGAUUUUUGUGUAUUUACACACGCGGUUCUAAUCAAUUCAGAAAUAAAGUAGAAAACUCCACUGUCGAUAAAGUUGGAAGUGAAAAACUUUUAGCGAGGAAAUUCUGUUUCACGUAGAAUAAUCGUCUCAGGCUAGACUGCAAGCAGUCUCUCAUUACUCUAUUGAGCCACAGUAUACGUAGGUUGAGAGCAUAAUUUUAAUUUUUUGCUUGCCGCACAUGGCUCUGAGGAAAGAAGGAUGACUGCAUGCAUGCUCUCGGUCUAAUCGCCUGCUCAUUUCUAAUCUUGUCCCCAAGCAAGCAAGACUCAAUGCUAUUAAUUAAAGACCAUUCUUGUUAAAGGUACAGCUAUACCCUUCCAGUAAAUGGUAGAAUACUGCCUAAUUUUCUGGAACAUGCAUGUGCCCCAAGACUUCAUAGUAGUACAUACAUGUCCUCCCUUAGCAAGCCUGCAAUGUUCACUGACCACACAUGCAGAGAACUUUUUUUAUUUACAAGAACUAGCAAACGGCUUGAAACAAGAUCUGUGUGGUUUUUGAAUGCACUUUUUGUCAGUCAUGUCUGGUCAACUUAAUCAUCUAUUUGUAACUAUCUUUUUUUAUCUCUAUUUUCUUUCACUUCCUGCUCAGCAGUCAUUGUUGGACAUGAUCUUUAAUGUAUCAGUUCUUUAUAAUUUGACCUUAUGCUACCUUGUGCAAAUUGUUGUAGAUGACUGCACGGGCACUGGCUGCCCAUAUUAAUAUAUAACCUCAAAGUUAAUGCAUGGAAUGUUUUAAUUAUCCUUCUGGUUUUGCACAACUAGUGCUCCAAACAUUCUGAUGAGCUCAUUGAUCAUGCAAUCUACAUGUAAAGGCAAAAAAGCCAAGAAAUCUAUUCUUAGAACAGGGGCAAAAUGUAGGCGUGAUAAAUUAGAUGGUUGACUCUAGCAAUGACAUGCAAUUUUAAUAAAUACAUGUAAUUAUUAAGUGCAAUAAUGAAUCUCAUAUAAUACAUGAUAAACGAAAGCUAAAAUGCUGCAUUUUAAUUAAAUCACACACUUAAAAGUCACAUCGACAUAACCACUGUUAUGUGAUUAUUUAGUUGCCCAAAGUCUACAGCUGUACAUGUAUGAGAUAGAUAGAUAGAUAGAUGGAUAGUUUAUGAAAUAAGUACUUUUGCAGCCCAAAGGCUGAAUUGCAUAUUUACAACUAAUGUUGUGUAUAUAAUACAAAAAUUAAAAAUUUAUCUUAAUCUGUGCUAGAAACUUGUUAUGUAGAAGAUAAAGUUAAAAGGAUAAAAAAGGAAAUAGAUAAAACACCCGUAAAACCUAAUAUUAUUUUCAGAUGACUGAAUCAAUAUGUCUGUGAUGUGCUAUGAAACAAAGACUCAUCAUCAUCAUCAUCAUCGUUAUCAUCAUCACCAUCACCAUCGAUGUCAUCAUCGUCACCAUGACGCUAUCACCGUUAUUGUCUUUAAUGUCAUUAUUAUUGGAAAUGAGACAAUAAUAACUCGUACAGUCAGAAGUGUGAAAGUCCUUUACAGGACUCAAAUCUACUCACAAAGCCCACAUUAAUUUUACGGGUGUAAAAUUAAUGCACUUUAAGUGAAUGUUAAGUAACAUUUAAAUGAAUAAUUAUAAUGUAAAAUGGAGGAUGUUGACAGCAUUGGUCAUAUCACAAUCUCCUCCUUCAUUGGUCUGCUGUGGUACCACUUGGUACUAGAAGAAUUACUGAAAUAAUUUUAUUAUCAUGUGGAGAGGAAAACGGACUUCUAGGCGUGACAAAAAAAGAAAAAAAAAGGUGGAGGCUAUGGUACAUGUAAUUUUAGGUUCUGGUUUUCUGGUUUGCUUGCUUGGCCUGAUAGCCCUUGUGAUUGGUCAUAACACUGAACAUUCCGGAAAUUUUUCAAUUGUUCAUGGUGUUCUGAGUUUAGACAAAUAAGAUAAAUUUUCCCCUUAGUGAUUUUUUCUGGUGCAGUUAACCCCCAAAGCUUUGAUAUGUCUCAGGCGCCGUCAUCAUGAUCUAGUGAGUCUUGAACAGUACUUCAAAGUGUACACCUUGUCAUGAGUAAGGUGUAAACUUUCAACUUUUAACUCAAACAGGUUAUCAAGACAUUAAAACGAGCUCUUCAACCAGUUAUCUCAGGUGUGAGCGUGGCCUGGGACUUAGGAGAAGGCUGGACUGUGCAGCAGGUCCCUUCGUCUCUUCCCCCGCUCUUCAGUGGUGACAGACUGGUGGUGUAUGGUCUUCUGAAGCCUUCAGAAAAUGCCAAACACGGAAUGAAUAAAGUACGAUUAACAGGCACUUUAGGCAACGAAGAGAAAAUGGAGCAUUUCAUCAGCUUUUCAACACCACCUGUCAGCAAUACCUAUUUCAUGGAUUCUAAGACUAACUCUAGUGUCUUACUUCAUUGCUUAGCAGCCAAGACCUUUAUUAACGUGAAACAAGACGACAUAAGUGGCAUGUGGGAAAUCCAACGUGAAAAGUCCUCCAUAAUCAGCGUCAGUAAAUCAACCAACGUGGUGUCAAAGUUCACCUCAUUUGUGGCCGUCGAUGAAGAAAGCCAUCAGAUCGUAUCAGGACCAUUACGAAAGCAGUUCGUCCCCUCAUUUGCUUCGCAAGUCAUGGGAUUCUCACAACAGUGCUUUAAGACAUUAGGUGUAGUGCAUUCAGCUUGUGAUUCCCAGCUGUUUGGUCAGCCGCAAUUGCAAGCAAUGGGUGGUUCUGGAUUGUCGUACAAAGGUUCUUCUAUCCUUCUUGGAGCUAAAUGCUUGAAAUCGUCUGCCGGAGAGGCAAGGUUCAAGUCACAAUCAUCGACCUUUUUUGGAGGGGCGCCCCCACCCCCACCCCCACUUGCUGCAGCAGCAUAUGGGGGUGGACAUCCAGGCGCCCCUCCUCCUCAGCACGCCGCCCUGCCGCCACUAUUAUCCAAGAAGGCAGCCUCACCUUCCAGCUUGUCAAAGAAAGAAGCUUCGGGUGUCAUGUCAGUAAUAUCAUUACAGAAAGCCUCAGGAGCCUGGGACCUUACAGAUCAACUGGUCUCCCUGUGUGAAAAAAGCCGAGAUUCUUUGAUCACAGGAUGUCCAGCAGCGAUUGCAGUUGGGACGUCAGAAGGGAAGCUGUUAUGGGCCACUGCUCUGGCUCUGGCGCUGUUGAUGGGCAAGUUUGGGGAUAGAAGGGAUGAAUGGGAGAUGAUCGCCGAAAAAGGCAAAAAGUGGAUAAGGAAAAAUCUUCCAGCCAAUGUGAAAGACGAUGAAGUGCUAAAAUUUGCAGCUGCUGCGAUUGGAGUGCAGAUAUAUUAACUGUAGACUAUUAACAACAAAUAAAAAAUGGCGGCCGAGAACAAGAACGUCAUUAAAACAAUAUGAACAACAGUAAACCUUGACAUUUAACUUAUUAUCUGUAGUAAAUAGUUUUAUAACCUUAACAUUAUCAAGAACGUGUCGUGUUCGACUUGAUGUUAUAAACAAGUUUGAUCUGAUCUCGAUACGUCUCGACAGUAUUUUCCUUGCGUGGCCACCAGUAAGUUAAUUUAAGUGGAAGAAAAUUCAUAAGUAAUUUACGUUCAAAGAGUGUUUGUUUAUCUGGUAACAAAAUACGGCCAAGUUUUCAGUUCUAAUUUCUCGGUACAAAUAAUCAAGCACCCGACAAUUAUUGGAAUAAAGAACGGGUGUAAAGAAAAGACUGUUAAACAGUUCAUUAAAAUAGACGUUCGUGAUUUAUUAAUUCUAAACCACCCGGCUUUUCCUUGUGAUUUAAACAUGAUGAAACACUCCUACUUGGUUGGUUAACUAUCCAGGGGGGAGGGGGGGGGGGGGGUGGGGGGGGGGGAAUCCCNAAUUUAAGUGGAAGAAAAUUCAUAAGUAAUUUACGUUCAAAGAGUGUUUGUUUAUCUGGUAACAAAAUACGGCCAAGUUUUCAGUUCUAAUUUCUCGGUACAAAUAAUCAAGCACCCGACAAUUAUUGGAAUAAAGAACGGGUGUAAAGAAAAGACUGUUAAACAGUUCAUUAAAAUAGACGUUCGUGAUUUAUUAAUUCUAAACCACCCGGCUUUUCCUUGUGAUUUAAACAUGAUGAAACACUCCUACUUGGUUGGUUAACUAUCCAGGGGGGAGGGGGGGGGGGUUGAGGGCGGGAGAAUCCCAUUUGAAAGUGACGGGGAUGCUCGUUGUUUCGCGUGAAGUUGUAGAUUACAGUUUUUGGUCUCAUUGUUUAGGGAGGAAGUCGAUUAUUUUAACCCCAUACAGUUAUCGCUUAGGGUAUAAAGUUGUAAUCGAGCGGUAACAUGUACACAAGUAUACAAUAACUGUGAUUUAUGCGCAACAGAAGAAUCGAAAAUUCAACCACUGAACAUGAAAAUUGUCUGAUAAUUCAUUAAAUUAAAUAAAUAAAAACGGAGGAAAUGCUUUUCUUUGUGUAUAAAUGUUUAAAGGUGCUGCCAGCUGCCCGAUAUAAGUUUGCUGUCUGGACCUAUACGAGUACGCGUAUUUCGUAAUAACGGGACGCGAGUUUGCUUCAGUCAAAUGUCUGUGAGCUUUGCCGGGGAUUUAACUGCUCCCCUUACUGAUCAGGUGGUCCGUAAACGCCAGGUGUCCGCAACGCAGCGAGAGUCGAGUGUACUUUCAAUUGUUAUUAUUAUCAAUCCUUGCCGUAGUUCUUUGUAAAUAGGACGGUUUCACGAUACUAAUAUGGUCAACUGAACGGUUUAGUAGUUAAAAUUAUAUGUUUCGGCGCUUGCAGAAUAGUGAAUAGUGCCUACAUGUUGAUUUCAGAUUAUCAAAACAUUAAAGCGAGCUCUUCAACCAGUUAUCUCAGAUGUGAGUGUGGCCUGGGACCUAACAGAAGGCUGGACUGUGCAGCAAAUCCCUUCAUCUCUUCCCCCGCUCUUCAGUGGUGACAGACUUGUGGUGUAUGGUCUUGUGAAGCCUUCAGAAAAUGCCAAACAGGGAAUGAAUAAAGUACGAUUACAAGGCACGUUUGGAAAUAAUGAAAAAGUAGAACAUUUGAUCACCUUUAAUACUUCCCUCCUGCCGAAGGGUUGUGUGAGGGAUAAAGUAACAAAUGUAAGUGUCUUUCUACAUCGCCUAGCAGCUAAGACUUUAAUCCAGGAAAAGCAGGAUGAUCUGAAUGAAGCGUACAACCGCGGUGUAGAAAAUGAGGAGCACAAAACGUUAUUAAUUAGCCUCAGUAAGUCAGCAAAUGUGGUGUCAAAGCUCACGUCGUUUGUGGCUGUUGAUUCAGAGAGCCAUCAGUCAGUAUCGGGACCACUUCAGCGACAAGUUGUUCCGUCGUUUAAUGUGGCCUACAAUCACUCUGCAAGGAAAUGCAAGAAAAAGAGUAUGUUUGGAUUUGGGCUUACGGCCAUCGGGAGAGCAAGCAGACCAGCCUCUGCACAAGAACAGAAGCGUGUGAAGAAGGCUAAAGGCUCCAAGUUUUCAAAUCCGAUUAGACAAAAGAAAAAAUCUUUUGGUGGGCGACUCUCUAAGGCUGCUUGUGCUUUUGUAGACGCUGAGCGCGAUGAAGUAACCAAACAUAAACAAGAACAAGCAGAAGACGUCCCAGCCUUGUUGUCAGUGAUAUCGUUACAGAAAGCCUCAGGGGCCUGGGACCUCACAGACCAGCUGGUCUCCCUGUGUGGAAAAAGCCGAGAUUCUUUGAUCACAGGAUGUUCAGCAGCAAUUGCAGUUGACAAGUCUGAAGGGAAUCUGUUAUGGGCCACUGCUCUGGCUCUGGUGCUGUUGAUGGGCAAGUUUGGGGAUAAGAAGGAUGAAUGGGAGAUGGUCGCUGACAAAGGCAAAAAGUGGAUGAAAAAAAAUCUACCAGUCAAUGUGAAAUACGAUGAAAUGCUAAACUUUGCUGCUGCUGCAGUUGGAGUUCAGAUAUAA